AACUAUUACAGUAAGUCAAAUUUGGAUUUAAACAACAAGUCUGAGGAAGCCCUAGCAAAUUUUAUUAACAAUGCACAAGUCCUUCUUCUGCAUGGAUUUACUGAAAACGGAAAUGAACUAUUUCUUUACACAAAAAUGCAAGGUGACAGAAAGAAAUCCAUAAUAUUCUACAAAAACUCUGCCAAAGAACUGAUUGAGCAAGAUGCAGUCAAGAACAUAAAUAUUGUUACUCUUUCUAGUAGUGCUGCUCAGUCUUUGUACCAGAUACUGAGGCAGAUUUACUCACCGUUACUGUCUGCAGAAAAUGACUUAUACUCCAGCAAACUACAGAAGAACUUAGCUGAGUUGGAGUCUAAUUUGAGGAUUAUGACUCAUGAAAAGGCUGAUGAAAGUCUCAGUGUAAUACUCUCUAUAAGCGACGAAUUAGACUAUUGGAACACAGUGGCUCAGAGAAAAGAAUCAAGUAAAAAAGAAAGAGAAGGAGCUUUAACCAUUUGUGAACUAUUCGAAGAUAUCAGUGGUGAAAUAAGAGUAAUGCAAUCAAGUUCUAUGCCGGACGUUAGAGAGGCUGCAGAGAAUAUUGGUGGUAUAUUAGACGACGUCUGGCGACUUACGACAGUAUCUUAUUCGCAAGAUAGAAUGAUUCAUACUUUUGAUAUUGUAGGUCACACUAUUUGUUCCAUUAUUCAAAAAGUUCUCUCAGAAGUAGAAUUAUGGAAGGUGCACACUUUCUCACAGGACAAAGUGAUAUUGACACUUUUAUCUGACAGCUUGAAAGUAGUACAGACUUGGACUAGCGCUUGUGCUUCACUAACUGAAACUUACUGGCCUAACUAUGCUCUCCACCCAUGGACUGGAAUUGUCUAUAUACCAACGUUUUGCUUGAAUUUUGAGAAAAGGUUGACAGAAAUUUACAAUAUAAGAUCCACACAUAACCAGCUGAACAAACUUCUAUCCAACAACGAGAGAAAUGAACUUGGAAGUGAUCAACUGUUAGAACCAUUUCAAAACAUAAGUGUAUGGUUAUAUAAUGGACCUAAUAAGGCGUGGGACAUGGCACUAUUGAAAUUCUCAGCUAAUGUGCAACCAGUUGAAGCAAAAAUAGCUGAUAAAUUAAAACCUCGUCUACAUAACACUUCUACUAAGCAGAUGCUCUAUGAAUUCAUGAGAUAUAAAACGUUAAUAGAAAGACCGCUAGUUAAGCACGCACUAAACAACGAGUUGGAAAUAUUCGUCACAUCUCUUAUUAUAAUGUUAAAAAGUGUACAGAGUCAACUAGAUACAGAUGAAGUGGAUGUUAAGUUGCAUCAGCCAGCUGAAAUGUCGCCGUUGGUGCAACAAGUUCAAUGGGCUAAACAGAUGGAAGCCAAGGUUAAAGAUAUUCAAACAUGUGCACAAAAAUACCUCACAGAAUUCGAAGGGAGUGCUCAGUUACAGAAACUUGCCAAACAAGUGCUGAAGAAACUCAAAAAUAUGUACACCCAGUUACACGAAGAAUGGUCAAGAGACUUGCAUGCGCAAGUGAAAAACGGCACACUCCAACUGGCCCUUGACAAACCGGUAGUGGAGUUCUCAGGCAGUAACAAUAUGAUGGUGGUGAAUUAUAAUCCCCGUCUUGUAUGGGCGGAAAUGGAAGCUCGAGCACUCGCUGCACUGGGUCUACCUCCACCACCGGCCGCAGCUGCAAUUGAUACCCUUGCUGCUGCCCUUAAACAUGCUAGAUCUUUGCAACAGGUGGCUUCAUUUCACAACACUUUAGGUGAGCGGAUGAUACCAUCUACUCGACCAAUGAUGCUACAAGCUGCGUUAGAUCUAUCUUCACUCGUACAAGAACAAAAAGCCGUAUACUGGAACGACACUGAACAGCUCGUCAAUUAUACUGAUAAACUUAAGAAAAUCAUCAUGAAACUUGAGUCACAGAAUACUUACUUAACCAGCCAACAUAUGACGAUCAAGAGUAUUGUAGAAAAAUUAGUGGACACUGAACUCCUAGUCAAACAAUCAGAGUGGAAAAAGAAAAUCACUGAUAUAAGGGAGAUUAUAGAAAGGGUAGAAGCAAACGGCUAUAAAAACACGGAACUGUGGAGAUCGCAUUGUGACUGGCAGCUGUACAAAGCUCUGGAGUGUCAGUACAUAAAGACUUUGCUUUCUUUGCAUAAACAUUUCCCUCUAGUAAAAGUGGAUUUAGUUUUGCGCGGUCACACGGUACGCGUCCAACCUCCGUUGGAAGAAAUUCGAGUCCAACAUUACCAUCAGUUGCGUCGACUUGUCUCACUGCCUGGUCAAUUCGUUGGGUUACAACCUUCUGUUGCAGAAAAACGGUCUAUUUUUACUAGCAUCGUUGAAAAGCAUGGCUGGUUAGGUAACAAAGCAGUAAAACAACUAGAAGCGGCUCUGUCAUCACUGGAGCGUUGUUGCGAAUCAUGGACACAAAGGGCCGCGCUCGGCUGCGUGCCGGAUUUAGAAGCUUUGUGCAAUGAACAUUUGCGGGAACCCCAGGACUGGGAGCUAAAUUUCAAGGCUUGUAAGGCUUAUGGACAAGCUGUUGCUAAGAUGUCUUUUGAAGACGAGAAAAUAGACUGGAUUAUUGUAGGCACAGUUACACUUCGACGUGAAUUCGAAGCACAAGCACGCAAUCUCUGGGCUUGUCUCAUGUCGUCCUUGCAAACUAGCUGUAGGAAUGACACGGCAACAUUGAGUACGUUUGUAGCUAAUGCGACGGUUAUGUUGGAAGAGAAAACAUUGCCUAAGAAUGCCAAAGAACUGUCCGAGAUAAGCGCUAAACAGCAGGCCUUACAUAGUAAAAUGCCUGAGAUAGCUAAAUUGGUAGAAUGUCUAAAAAGAAAAGGUCAUAUGUUACGUACUUGGGGUGGCGAUGCUUCUGUUGACGGCACCAUAAAUGAAUGGCUGAGGAUUCGCGAACUGAUGAUGAGUCACCAGCAAAUGUUUGAACAUCAGGCGGAAAUCGUAAAGUCGAGUUUAACUGGUGAAUGGGAAAACCUGAAUAGCACUGUUGAAGGUUGGCUAUCACGUUGGACCCAAACACGCUCGCGUCUGGAAGAAACUCACGGUGUGCUGUACCUGGAAAUGGCCAACAGAUGUCGCCUCGUGUUCGAAGCGCAUGAGCAAUGGAAUAAAUUUAUUGCUGAGAGGGAUGAGCUGAUGAAAGAGUGCGAGAAAUUCAACAUGAACGUAGAAAUAUCAGACAGGUGGAUACAAGGCGACAGUAUCGUCAAAGACUGUGUUGACCUUUGGGGGAUACUGAAAGAAUACAAUGAAGAAUAUGACUCAAUAGCUGAACAAGAAUGGAUAAUAUUCCAAAAGAAAUUGCAUCUACUGGAUGAGUUUACAUCAAAAUGGGCAAAUCGUCUGGAACCUUAUACUAUAAUCACUUUGUACAUUCAACAAGAGCUGGAUAAAUACACUGACUUAACAACGUUAUUGAAAUAUCUUCGCGGAUCUGACUUCACCGAACGUCAUUGGCGCGAAAUCUUCAACCUUCUUGACAUGGAAUACAAGAAACCUGAUACAUUACAAGUCAAAGACUUUUUAAAUUUUGCUCUUAAUAUUAAAAAGCAAAUAAAGCAGUUACAGAUAAUAUCGUCAUCGGCGACGAGCGAAGCGGCAGUGCGCAGCGCGUUGAACGAGCUAGAGUUGUGGUUCGCGGGUGCACGACUUACUAUUACCUAUUACAACGAUAAGAGUCGGCGUCUUACGCCCAUUGUAAAGGACUUCAAGGAUGCCCUUGCUAAGAUCGAGGAGCAGCAAUGGGUGGUGUCGUCAGUGAGCGGCGGCAGCAACGACGCGUGCGCAGCGUGGGAGUCACGCUUACGAGCCGCAAGGACUCUCAUCCGCUCCGCACAUCAUGCACAGCGCAGAUGGUUAUACUUGGAACCGAUUCUAUCCAACGACCAAGGAGAACUGGGCAUUAAGUUUCGCAAACUUGACCAGGCUUUCAGACAGGUGACCAGGAUACUAGAGUCAGAUCCUCGUCUGACUGUAUUACUGCAGUCCACAAGACUACAAUCGAUGUUGGACUCUAUAUCGGAACAACUUCUUACUUGUCAGUCGGCCCUGAGCAAAUAUAUUGAUGAAAAGCGCACAAUUUUCCCAAGAUUAUAUUUCCUUAGCGACGAUGACCUCUUAGAACUACUCGGUCAAGCCAGAGCUGGAGCGGAAGGUAGAGAAGCAGUAAUGCAAACGCAUCUUAAGAAACUAUUUCCUGGAACCACUGGGGUAAAGUUAGGUCCUGGUGGAUUGUCUGUAACGGCUCUGUGCAGCCAUUACGAAGAAAACUUCCAGCUCGACCAUCCUGUUGACAUAGAUUGUCCUGUUGAAAUGUGGUUGAAAAAUCUUGAAACGGAAAUGCGCUCGUCACUCAAGAAUAUGACUCUAAAAUGCGUUGUGUCAAAUUCUUUGCAAAAGCAAGAUCCUCUAUCGCUGCCGACGCAAAUUUUAUGUCUCGCUCAAAAUAUUCGUUUUACUGAACAAGUUGAAACGGCCAUUACUACUAAAGAGCUGCAUAAAUUAAAGGAGAAUAUCGAAAAAGAGAAUUUAUUUUACGCUUCCACCGAAACGGAGGAUGAGAGUGAACGACAUAAAAGACAGGCACUCAUAUUACAGUGCGCUUAUUACACGUCCGUCAUAAGAAUUUUGAUAGAGAAUAACGUCGCAUCGACUAAAGAUUGGCUCUGGCAGAAACAGCUGAGAUUCUACAUGCAAUCUAAAGAAGUCGUGGCUAAAAUGGGCUUAGCUCAAAUUUCGUACUCCUAUGAAUAUCUCGGCGUUAGUACUGGACAGUUUGUACGCACUGAAUUAGCUGACGAAUGCUUUCUCGUUUUGACACAGGCUCUUCAUCUAGGUCUAGUGGGAAAUCCGUUUGGUCCAGCCGGCACAGGAAAAACAGAGUCUGUUAAAGCUCUAGGAGGAUUAGUAGGUCGCCUAGUUCUUAUUUUCAAUUGCGAUGAGGCCAUGGAUGCAGAAUGCAUGGGACGUCUGUUAACCGGACUGGCUCUAUGUGGCGCAUGGGGCUGCUUUGACGAAUUCAACCGUCUGACGGCCGAUACAUUAGCUGCAGUGUCACAUCAGCUGGCCUCAUUGCUCUCUGCCAUGCAGCAACGCAGACCCGGUUCGGCUACUGCCUUGCUUAAUGGGAAACAGAUCACAGUAUCGGAAUGGUGCGGAGUAGCAGCAACAAUGAACCCAAUAGGUCGCGGGUAUGGAGGUCGAAGAUCCCUCCCUGCAGCAUUGGAACGUGUGCUACGGCCGAUAGCCAUGACGCAACCCCGAGGGGACCAACUGGCUAAGCAUUUGCUGGCAGCAAGGUGCAUCGCUAGUGCUCCGGCCUUGGCUGAGGAUCUGUGUACUGUAUUUAUUAUGGCCAGCACUCUACUAAGCGGACAGCGGCAUUACGAUUGGGGCCUCCGCGCUCUGAAAGCGACUGUAGGCAGCUGUGGCAUAGCGCUCAGCGAUAGCGAACAACCGUCUGAGGCAAAGAAAGCAUUGCGACGUGCAUUACGACUAAACAGCGUUUCUAAACUCACACGUCAUGACGCUGAAAGAUUUGAAAAUAUUCUGUCAAUAGUGUUCGCCGACGUUACCGACGACGAAUCUGAAGCGUGUCCUAUUCAACCAGCUCUUGAAGCAUCCAUUGCUUCGCUUAGUCUUAUUAAAAACGAUCUACAGAUCCAAAAAUGCGUUGAACUGUACGAACAACUGCAGCAAAGGAUGGGUGUCGUCAUUGUUGGUCCUCCAGGAUCAGGCAAAACUACAAUUAGAAAAAUACUAAAGACUGCUCUCAUACAACAAGGCAAAAGUAUCAUAGAGUACACAAUAUGUCCUAAAGCGAUGAGUCGCAACUGGCUUUUAGGUCAUAUAGACCACGAUACGCGCCAGUGGACCGAUGGUGUCAUCUCGUCUACUGCGCUUGAGAUAUCGAACCAACCCUCUGACGUUUGGUCAUGGGUGGUAUGCGACGGUGAUAUAGACCCAGAAUGGAUUGAAGCUCUGAACUCUGUUUUGGACGACAACCGUCUGCUAACGCUACCAUCAGGAUGGAGGAUACAGUUCGACUCAAAUGUCAAUUUUAUAUUUGAAACUCACAGCUUGGAACACGCUUCGCCGGCUACUAUUUCAAGGAUGGGCAUCAUUUUACUGAGUGAUGACACUAGCUGUACCUCGGAACUUUUAGACAACUGGAUGCAAAAGGCAGAAUUUGAAACGGAUACAGCGAAACUGGCACUACCGUUGCUGCAGAAAACAAUUGAUAAAUGUUUAUGUUGGCUCACCAAACAUCGGUCGGAUGUUGCUUUGAAAAUUUACAAUAUCUCUGUGGUGCAGCAAAUAUUAAUUCAGUUUGAAUACGUAGCUCACAACGUUGGAGUUAGUGUGAUCCACGGAGUGAAUAUGAUACAUACUACGCCAGAGGAACUUGUCUAUCUCUCAUUGCAACGAAGUGUAAUCGGUUUGCUGAAAGAAAGCGCUGUUGUUAGCUUUCAAGACGAGAUGUCAGACAUACUGGGACCACCCUUGGUGUCACCAAUAACACCGGGAGAGUGGGUGACAGAGUCGUUGUUUGUGUCUUCACGCCUAGCGGCAUGCGAGCCUGUAAUACGAGCGUGUGUGGCUUCGGAUACGGCUCACUUGCUUGUCAUUGGUCCUGAUGCUUGCGCAAAGAACCUAGAAACAGAAUAUGUCUUAAGAGAGUCCAGUUCGACGGUUAUAACAAUAGACUGUACCCCUAUCUUGGAACCAGAGGACAUAAUUUCAGAACUGAAAAGGAAUAACGCAGUGCGAUCUGGAGGACGCAGUUCUCGGUCCGGUAGUACACGCAUCACUAUAUUGGCGCGUGCCCUGCAUCGUGCUCGAGUCGAUUGUUGGGGUUCCAGUCCCGUGCAUUCCUUCCUUUUGCAGUUAAUACAAGAGAGUGGGUUCUGGAUGCGCGGUAGCGACGAGGAACGUAGUAUGCAAUGGUGCAACGUGGUUAAAAUAAGGGUCAUUGCCACGGCUAGCUCAUUGUCCACGCUUUCGCCGCGAUUGGCAGCAACUCUAGGCGUCGUAUCCUUACAAGAGCCUGACGAUGACGAACUAAUGGAAUUAUCACGGUACUACUUAAGACUAAACGUCGAUAAGGCUUUACCCGACAACGAUGUAUCCAACUUUGCAAGUACUAUUUUAGCAAUGUUCAAGGAGGUAACAGAAACAUUUUAUUCACGUCCACAUUACCAAUGGAACUCCACACAUUUAAGAAAAUGGUGUGAAAAUAUGAAAUGGUAUACACCUUCUGACACCACGGAACUAACUACGGCGGGCGUUGAAGCACUACGUCAGGCUCGUAGUGAAGUUGCAACUUUACAAACCGAGGCAGCGCAGCAGGAAGCUGCGUUAUCUGAUAAGCAAGCCAAAGCCAAUCAGGCAUUGGAUCAAAUCGGAGCCACCGUAAGGGCUACUACGGAUAAGAAGGAAGAAAUGCAUGCACUCAAGAUGAAUAUUGAAGUUGAGAAUGAGAAACUACAGAUUAGGAAAAGAGAAAUAGAAGCAGAGUUAGCGUCUGUGGAGCCUGUAAUAGCUGCGGCCAGAGCUGCCGUUGGUGAUAUUAAAACGGAAUCUCUUAGCGAGGUCCGUUCUCUACGCGCACCGCCAGAUGUCGUUCGCGACGUACUGGAAGGCGUGUUACGUCUUAUGGGUAUUGCAGACACAUCGUGGCAUUCAAUGAAAAACUUCCUGUCUAAGCGUGGCGUUAAAGAAGAUAUCAGAUGCCUGGAUGCGAGUCAAAUAAACCCCGAAGCGAUACAAUCAGUUAAACGUUUACUAGAGAAACGCGGUUCAUCUUUCGAACAAGCAACGGCAAAGAGGGCGAGUGCCGCAUGCGCACCACUUGCCGCUUGGGUUCGCGCUAAUCUCGCUUACGCUGAAGCUCUCGCUCGCGUACAGCCUUUGCAACAUCAGCAACAUCAGUUACACAAUAAUCUGCGACAAGCAGAAUCGGAACUAGCAGCACUGUCCAGUGGUUUAGCAACUGUAGACGAACGCGUAGCAGCACUAAAGGAACAACUAGGACAGCAUACUAGAGACGCAGCUGCGAUUGAGCUCAGUUUGAACAACGCUACGAAGACCAUUCAGGCCGCGCGUUCUUUGCUUGAUCAACUAGCUCAUGAGUAUACUGCUUGGGAACAAGAUUUGGAAAACAUCUCAAAAGAAAUAGUUGAAUUAAAUCUUAGAUCUCUAUUAGCAGCUGCUUACAUUGUCUAUUUACCUGAUGCCACGGAGCCGCAAGCAAGACAGUACAUAAACAAAUGGAGCGCUAUGAUAGGUUUCGAUGACGCAUCAUUUUCAGUUAUCAAUUUUCUAUCUACAACAGAGAAACAGCUCAAAUGGGAUGCGGACGGUUUACCAUUAGAUAACUCUGCUAUCAAAAACGCCAUUUUGAUAGAUCAGAUUCUAGAAUCGCAGAAAUGUGGCUUCACACCAUUGAUCAUAGACCCUGACGGAGACGCCAUCGGUUGGCUACAGAACACGCUGUCAGGUAUACAGAGUGACUUUGUUUCUCAACACAGCGAGAAACUACACACCGCUGUACAAUAUGCAGUAAGAUUAGGCAGAGUUCUAGUAAUCUCAGAAGUAGACAGCAUACACAACGCGUGGUCGCCCCUUCUCUCCGGUCUACCGGUGACUAAUGCCAGAGGGGCGUCACCGACCACAAGACUGUUGCUCUACAGUCGUGACGUCACUCUGCCCAACAGACUAGAACCUCACUAUGCUGCCAGAAUUUCGUUGCUUCAUUUUACAGCGAGACUUGAUGGGCUUACUGAUCAACUAAUACAUUACGCGUUGCAACAGCAAAAUCCAGAAGUCAACGAGAAGUCUAAAGAGAUGAAACUGAAAAAAGCCUCUCUUCAGAAGCAACAAUAUGAAUUACAGGAAAACCUUCUAAGAGAUCUAUCAACAAACAGCGAUAUCCUUCACGACGCGAACCUAUUAGCAUCAUUAAACAAAACUCGUGCAACUAGUACAGUAAUAUCCGACGCGCUUGAGGCGGCUCGAGGAAUAGAGCGAGAGACUCGAGCAGCUUGCGAAGCGUAUGAGCCCAGCGCUGCGCGCGCGGCGGUUUUAGCGCUUGCGGUCAAGAGUUUAGCUGCGCAUAGGCCGUUAGUCGCUUUGCCUGUUGAUACUAUAUUGGAUGUUUUUGUGGAUGCUGUAAAGAGAGGAGCGGAUGCUAAAGAUAUAAAUAAUGAUGAAGUAGUAAAAUAUUUAACAAGACGAAUCAUAGAGAGGGUUCUUCUAGGCUUGCACAAAAAAGAUAAAUAUAUCAUUGUGUUACAUCUGCUGAAACAAGUUUAUGAACAUCUGGUUCCUGAUAAGCUAUGGCAAAUAUUCAUUGGAAACUAUGGGGUAGUUAAUGAGCAAGGAACUCCGAGUGAGAUCAAAAAAUCUUACCCUUGGAUACCGGACAACAUUGUCAAGAAACUAGCUCAAUUCGAGACAGCAAGUGAAGAACUCUUCAACAAACUGUCACUACCCAACGAAACGUUAUGGACUGAAUUUAUCAAAUCGGGAGACUUUAACUCUUUGAAUCCAUUGAAACUCAGCGCAUUUGAAAAUAUAGCUGCAGUGAGCGUAUUGCGCCCUGAUAGCUUGUAUAGAGCCAUUGUGGCGUUCGUUGACGAUAUUCUAGGCACGGGCAUAGUGUCAGCUGGCGACGCAAUAAAGCGUGCGGCGCGCUGGGGCGGGUCGAAAGCGUCGCGCGGAGGGCGCGGUCCAAGACCUGUUUUGGUACUUGGCGCGCAUGCCACAGACGUGCUUGCUGCUCAUUCUCAUACGCUUAUGCAGGUGGGCGUUGAAGAAGGACGCUUAGCUUGGGAGACCGCCGUGGAGAAGUCUCGUAGCGGCGGCUGGCUGGCGCUUAUUGUAGGCGCUUCGCCGUUCACACAAGAACUGCAAACGUUUCUUGCCACUUUCAGUCAACGAGCUGCUCAAGAUUUUAGUGACGAGUUCCGCCUCUGGAUAGUGUCAGAAGAUCGAGAUAUCCCUCCACUGAUAUCCAAUGCUUGUGUCAACGUUAUUCUAGAGGCACCAGAAGGAGUAAAACACAACAUAGCAGGCACUUUAUCUGCAUGGGGGUCAUAUGAAGACGACCCACGAGUCGUGCGUGUACAUGCCUGCCUCGCUCUCUUCCAUGCAUUAUUACAGGAGCGCCGCGCAUACAUUCCGCAAGGUUGGAGCCGUUGGUACGCAUGGGAAUGGGGUGAAGUGUCAGCCUGCACCAGUGUCCUCCGCACCUGUGGCCCUCACUCCAUACCCACAGCUCGAGCAUUGAGCUUAGUCCUGUACAGCGCUAGAGUAGUCGCCGAGCCCGACAGACGGUUGCUCAAUGCGUUAUUAUUGUGUUGUCUUGGAGACCAAGCUUUGGCACACUCCUGGAAGCCACGUGGAAUAGAGCUACAGUUGCCUUAUGCUAAACAAAUUCAGGCAUACAUUUCGGCGUUCGAUAUGCUGCCCGAGAUAGAUUCUCCACAACUUCUGGGAUUACCCGUUAACUGCCGCGUCGCCUGGGAGAAAAAUGCUAUAAAUGAUAUUCUAGCUGGAUUGAGAGAAUUAAAUUCUACCGUAAACAUAACCCGUAAGGCCGACAGUACGGCUCCUCUUAAGAAUCUGCUAGCUCUCUGGAAGAAGCUCAUGUCCGGCAACCCCCUUAUCAAAGGUGACUACGACGUGGAAAAGGCGAAUGGUGGGGGGUGGUGGGGCUGCGUGUGUAGUGGCGAGUUGCGCGAGGCUGCGCGCGCAGCAAGGGCGCUCCACACGUCUCUUGCGCAACGAGCGCGCAAUCUCACGCAUAAUAUUCACAAAGUUCCCGACGAAUGGCAGCUGCUAUGGGCGGGACCCGAAGCGCCCGACGUGUACGUCAAGGAGUUCUGCUACCGCGCACGAUCGGCCAUCGCCAGAUUUGAAACUGAUAUACACGAUGACAACAUGCCUAGUGAUUUAGAUCUCCGGUCUCUACUAAGACCGGCUCGUGCCAUAUGGGCUCUGCGCGUGCGCACGGCGACGCGUCUCGCGUGUGCCGUCAACGAUCUUGCUCUCAUCGUCAAAUGGGAUGCGCAUUCUGAUGGCGAAAAAGACGGGAUCAUAGCUCGCGGGCUUCGUUUAUGCGGGGCGGAGUGGUCACCAGACGGACUGACGCCGCCCGCGCCGUGCGGGUUGCCGAAUACACCUGCGCCGCCGCUGCUUCUUCGAUACGUACCUCAGAGUAAAGAGGGCGCUAUAUCUGAGAACACAUUCGAAGUCCCAGUAUACAGCAACGAGGCGCGAGAGGAAGUAGUGUUCGCAGCGCGCGCGCCGCUCUCUCGACAGAUCGACGCUAGCACUGCACUGCUCAAUGCUGUUGCACUUUUUAUAGCACCUAUUGAAUAAUAACCAUUUUCUUUGUUUACAAUAUUUUUCAUAAUAUUUAUUGCUAUAUAUAGACACAUCGUUGCACAAUCAAGAGCGCAUCAACUUUGACCCGUUCUUAUCGUAAGCAGCAUAGAGUUUAAUCAUUCGUUCAAUUUAAAUCUCAAGUGUCAAGCUUGACGCGCUCGUGACUAUACUAACUAAAGCUACAAACUGGACGACAAGGACCGGCGGCGCGGUGGCGCGGCGACUCGCGCGCCUUGAUCAUGCCUAGGUUUGAACGGUUGACUGACCAUGACCAUGGGACCUGUAAAAGGCGCGAAACGUCGGUUUAUUUGAAAAAACAAAUAUACGCGAUUUAAAUCCGGAAAAAUAGUUUAAUUUCCUAU